UGUUUCCCGUUACAUUUUAAUCCAGCCAAUCUACAUUUAAAUAAAUCGGACCGUUAGCUUAUUCUGGAACCUACAAUAUGCAUUGCCGCCUCUAUUCUAACUAUAUCCUGCUCGUACCUGCCCCCUAUGCUCCCCUUGCGCCACAAAACCCCUGCGCAUGCUAAGUGACUCUCCCUUUUUUUGUAAGCUAGAUAAAAGGUUGGUGUAAAGCAGUCCAUCAUGGAGGAUGGGGAUUUUUCAACCGCUGAAUCUGGGGCCUCAGAUACAUUCCCACAGCAGUGUUCUGCUCUGAGGAAGAAUGGCUUUGUCAUGAUCAAGGGCAAUCCCUGUAAGAUCAUGGAAAUGAGUACGUCCAAGACUGGCAAGCAUGGACAUGCCAAGGUUCAUCUCGUAGGAAUUGACAUCUUUACUCAGAAGAAAUAUGAAGAUAUCUGCCCAUCUACCCAUAACAUGGACGUCCCACGUGUUACAAGGAAAGAGUACUCGUUUCUAGACAUUACAGAUGGUUACCUGUCCUUGAUGGAUGACGUUGGAACAACCAGAGAGGACCUUAAACUCCCAGAUUCUGAGAUCGGCAAAGAAAUCGAGAAGAAGUUUGCUAAUGAUGAGCAGUUCAUGGUCACCGUGUUGAAAGCUACAGGAACCGAAGCUGUUGUUGCCACCAAAAUCUGUAAUCAGUAAUUAGUAUUUGUCCAGGACAGCGCUGAGGACCUCGCACUCCUACUCUCCCAUGUGGCUUUGCAGCCUCACCAACGCGCCUGGCCGUCACCCCCACAUCUUCCCGUCGCUGGUCAAGUGAAGUCUGGAAACUGGACGGGGCCCGCUUCAAUCACGAAGUUAUCCACCUGCAGCCGUCACUGCUUAAUUUUGCAAAUUGCGACUGAUUUUAUUUCAGGAAUACCUAACAACAUUCCAGCAUUUCGUAACAUUCUUUUGAGUCUAGGUGACGUUUUUUCUGAAUGAAAUAUAGAGCGUUGGAGUCGGCUGUGAGCAUGUACCCUGAUGUUUUUUGUUUACAAUUGUGAGGCUGCGCCUUGGUUUCAACUUAAAUUCUACCCCCCAAACAGGAUUUUUACCUCGGCUGACUUCAUACCUCAAACGGGCUCCAGCUCUACAGCUCGAAGAACUUUAAAACAACUUCAUGGCCAGACAGCGCCUUUCUGCCUUUGACAAUUAAAAACAUAUGCAUGCAAACUUCUAAUUGACAAAUGACUUGUAUGCCCAUGCCCGAGCAGCUGUGAAUUUAUAUAAAAUUGAAUUUACUUUGCAUCACAAGUGUAGCAAGUAAUUCUGCUGUUUUUGCAACCAAACCGGGGGUGUCUGGCUGCGCCCAUUUUCUCAUUCAUGCUAUAAAACAUUUUUCUUUCACUUGAGGCCUUUUAUGUAUAGAAAAUAAUUUCGACAAGGACAAAAACACUGAACACUAACGAUUAGCAUCACUACACUGCUUCAGAGGGUUCUUGGCACACAAUUGUUUUCUGUUUUCUAAGAUCUAGUCAAAUCUAGAUCAUGGUUCUGCUGUGGGGGUUUCCAAGUCUGGUCAUGGGAGACUGGACUAUGAGUGUAACCAUAGAGCUAUCCUAUGGGCUGCGGUGGGGAACGUGGUUUUAGAAAAGUACAUUUGGGGUGGCGGGUCUGUUUGCUGUCUGGGUUGUGGCUCAAAAGUAAUUUUUUUUUUUUAAGAAAUGGAGAUGGGUACUUGCAAGAAAAUCAGAUUGUCCUUUGCAGUUUUCUCCCCUGCCUCCUACCAUUAAAAUGACAACUGUAAAUAUA